AUUGACAUAUGUACAAAAAAACCUUUGUUUAUGUGCAUGUAUAUUUGUUUUAGACGCGCUUUGUACUUUGAAUUGAAAUUCUUAACUGAAUUGACUUAAACAGAAACAAUGGCGAACAAAGAAGACGAGGGCGUGUCAGAUAUGACAUCAAUAUCUGAAAUAGACGAAAAUGGAAUAAAUAAUAAUCUCAAAAUUCGAUAUAAAAGUGACAUAAUAUAUACAUACACUGGAUCAAUAUUGAUCGCAGUCAACCCAUAUAAAUGUAUUAAUAUAUUUAAUAAGGAUCAUGUUCACAAAUAUCAUUUGGCCAAGAUGGGGUCAUUAGAUCCUCAUGUGUUUGCUUUAGCUGAAGCUGCAUAUAGAAGCAUUGUUGAAGACAAAAUUAAUCAGUCAUGCUUAAUAUCGGGGGAAUCUGGUGCUGGAAAAACAGAGUCAACCAAAUUUGUCUUACAAUAUUUAUGUGCAAUAACAUCCAAUGGGUCUUCAUGGAUUCAACAACAAAUUCUAGAAGCUAACACUAUACUGGAAGCAUUCGGUAAUGCCAAAACGAUUCGAAAUGAUAACAGCUCUCGAUUUGGAAAAUUUAUGCAAGUAUGCUUUGAUGAUAACCACAGUAUCAAAGGUUGUGUAAUACAAGACUAUCUACUUGAGCAAUCACGGAUAACAUUUCAAAGUCCAGGAGAACGAAAUUACCAUGUGAUGUAUCAAUUAGUAGCUCGAGGACAAACAAACAAGGAAAUUGCCGAUAUGUUAUACUUAAGACCACCAGAUUUUUAUAAAUAUCUAAAUACUUCUGACGAUAUUUUAUUAGAUAUAAAUCUUGAAUCAAAAAAGUUUGAUGAACUGACUAUGGCAUUUACUGUAUUACAAAUCUCUCAAUCAGUUAUUGAUAGCAUUUUUAAAGUCUUAAGCUCAAUCCUAUGGUUAGGUAAUAUUGAAUUUAUGGAUAUUGAUGGAGAGGGAUGUGAUUUAUCAAAAGCGGACCGAGAAAUUGUCGGGAUUUUAUCCAUCCUUUUGGGUCUAAAAGCUGAUGAACUAAUCAAGGUGCUUUUGCAUCGUCAAAUAAAUGUUCGUGGAAACAUAACUGAAAUACCAUUGAAAAUACAUGAGGCCCGAGAAAACCGACAUGCGAUGUCUAAAGCCCUAUACUCAAAAACUUUUACAUGGCUUGUUAACAAAAUAAAUAGCUGCACAAAUCCCGGACAAUAUGGCAAUACAUUUUUGGGAGUUCUUGAUAUAUUCGGUUUUGAAAAUUUUGCAAAGAACUCUUUUGAGCAACUUUGCAUUAAUUACACUAAUGAAAAAUUACACAAGUUCUUUAAUCAUUACGUCUUCGCUUUAGAACAAACAAUCUAUAAACAAGAAGAAAUAAAUUACACGCACGUGGAGUUUACGGACAAUUCUUUAUGUUUGGAACUUAUUGAAAAGCCUCCCAGAUGUAUUUUUAAGCUCCUGACCGAACAAUGUCAUAUGCCCAAAGGGUCUGAUUCAGCUUACUUAAGUAAUCUACAUACAGAAUUUGAGUACAAUCCAAUGUAUACAAAAGGUCUGGACCGUCGCCAUUGGGAAACUGAAUUUGGUAUAAAACACUACGCAGGAAAAGUUAUAUAUGCAGUUGAUGGAUUUGUGGAUAAGAAUCGGGAUGUGCAUCAGGAUGUGUUAUUUGAUUUUAUGAGUCGCAGUGAACAUGCAUUUCUUUGCGAACUUUCGAAACACCCGGAUUUAACAUGUUCCAUUUGGAUACAAAACGCAUCGACUAGUCAACGUGGAACAGCUAAAUCGAAAUCAACAGUCAGUGAUAAUUUUCGCCAACAAUUGCAAUGCCUAAUUGACGUACUCCACAAUACAAAGCUAUGGUAUGUCCGAUGUAUUAAACCAAAUGCUCUUAAGCAAGCCAACGAUUACAAUGACUCCUUAGUGCUUGAUCAACUUCGGUAUCUUGGAAUUUUGGAUAUAAUUCGGAUAAGAAAAGAAGGGUUUCCUAUUCAUCUGAGCUUCGAAGAGUUUGUGUCCAGAUAUAAAUGUUUAAUUAAAAAUAAGUCAUGUUCAAGUACCCGAUCUGAUAUUACACUAGUAUUGAAAGAACUUAAAGUCCUAGAAGCUGAAUGGCAAAUUGGUAAAUCAAAAUUAUUCUUGCGGAGUGCUGCAUAUGAACCUCUGGAGGAGGCAAGAAAACAUAUGAUAUGUGCAAAUUCAACUAUUAUCCAGAAAAACUGGAGACGAUAUUCAUGCUUCAAGAAUUAUUUACGAGUAAGAAACGCCGUACUUAUCAUACAACAUGCAUAUAGAGGAUGGAAACUAAGAAUAAAUUUCUUAAGAAAACGACGAAGCGUAAUUAUUAUACAAAGUCGCUUACGAGGCGUUUUUGCAAGAGAGGUUGCAACCGCCUUACGAGAAAUGCGACGGGUUGAUGAAGAAAUGAAAAAGCGGGAAAAGAUAAUCAAUGAAAUUCCCAGCUCGCAUUCUAAGGAUAUUGAGGAUUGUGAGAGAUUAGUACAAACGGAAAUAACAGUGCUUGCGAAUAUGGCAGAAAAUCUAAAUUCCUCACGGGGUAAAUCAAUUGUUGAAGAAGAUACUCCAGAAAUUAUAUCAACAGAAGAUCGUAAUUUGCAAAAUUUAGACACAGUCGAUUUGGAUAACCUAUUUGCGUUUUUGACGGAAGCUACGAAUACUCCACACAAUCCACUUAUUGAAGAAAUUAAUAGUAAAAUGAGUGAUCUGGUUCAGGAUCUUGAUAACGAGAUUGAAGUUUGUCUUCAAAUAGACUCCGCGAAUCACAUUGAUGAUCAAGGGAAAAUUACUUCAAAUGGAAAUACAUCUCCUCCCGAGUCAACUGAUCGAUCAGUGUCGUUUUCUGUGGAUAUCAAUAUCAAUAAUGGUCGGAAGCAACAAUACUCAGAGCCAAUAUAUGAAGCGUUGUCAAAUAUAGACGGGAGCAAACCAAAAGAAGAAAUUAUAAGUGGCUUUGAAAAACCUAGUACGGACUCCAAAUUUAUUUUAGGCCUAGGACAAAAAGAUUCAACGACUCCAAAUGCUCAAAAUGAUCGUGAACAAAGACGUAAAUUUAGAGUGGAAAAAAAACUUCAGGAAAUGCAUCAACUCGAUGUCAAAAAGGAAGUGUUAAAUAAUGAUUCAAGCUAUAAUUUACUGGAAUUUGCAGAAAACUUCUUUAAUGAACAUGAACGUUUGAUAGACGGAACCUUAAUUUCGACAUUAACAAGAAAAGGAAAAAAAGUCAUGGAUAUAAUGCCAAAGCAUGAAAUGAUCACUUUUACUAGAUCUGAAAAAAUUCCAACAUCUCACAUUCAUAUGUAUGAUCCAGAAAAUAUAGUAUUAUCCUGUAAUAUAUUCAGAGAGCUGUGUAAAUAUAUGCGUGGGGAACACAACGCGGAACGAGAGCUUCAAAGUAUUCAAUACAUUAUUGGCUUGGGUAUUGAAAGAGAGGAAUUACGGGAUGAAAUAUUUGUUCAAUGCAUGAGACAAAUGACUAAAAAUCCUAAUGCGGAAUGGGCUGAUCGAUUGUGGCUUUUAAUGUGUCUCAUAAUUGUCGCCUUUCAACCCAGCAAAUUAUUGUUCAGGUUUUUCGUAUCAUUCUUAAAGCAAAAAUUGGAAUCAUUCGAUGGAAAAUUAAGGCAAUACGCUCAAUGGUGUUUUGAUAAUUGUAAAUGUACCAAAGUAUCAACACGAUUACAGUCACCCUCAAGUGUGGAAGUCGCUGCUAUGCGUCGUCUUGGCACAAUCGUGUGUAGAUUUUUCUUUUUAGAUUCUCGUACAAAAGCUAUUGAUGUACAUCCAACUGAUACUGCCAGCGAUGCAGUACAAAAGCUUGCUGACAAGCUUAAUUUGGCAUCAAUCGAGGGCUGGGCCAUUUUUCAGUCACGUCCCGACGGAGAAUAUCAUAUCAAAACCUUCGAAUAUUUAUAUGAUGUCAUAUCUGCAUGGGAAAGUAAGCAAACGUCGUCUAAUAAUUAUAAAAGACUGUCGAACGGAUCUUCAUAUGGAGAAAAUAGAUUUGUGUUCAAAAAAAGACUGUUUAAACCAACAAAAGAAUUAUCCCAAGAUCCUGUGGAAGUCGGAAUGCUGUAUGCUCAAGCAGUGCACAGUGUUGUUAAGUGUGAUGAUUUUCCUGUCAGUGAAAAGGUUGCUCUUCAACUCGCUGGCCUGCAAGCUCAAGUAGCAUUAGGAGAUCCAUCUAAUCAACCUAAGCCCGAAUAUUAUUGUGACAUUAAUAGCUUUUUACCAAGCCGAAUAUCUAAAACAAGAGAACAACAAUUUUGGAUUCCAAUUCUUGCUCAGGCGCAUCGGCAAUACGGAUCAUCGAGAAAUGAAAUGACUGCUAAAGUUCUGUACUUAAGUUGCGUUAUGCAAUACCCACUUUAUGGAACGACAAUGUUUAAUGUUAUUUACAAAGGGUAUUGGAAUUUUGUUAAUAACAUUAUUUUAGGAAUUAAUUGUGAUGGAAUUCUAUUUAUUCAACCUGAAGAUAAGUUUAUUAUAUAUCAGUUUAAGUUCUCAGACAUAGAAUCAAUUAUGAUACAUCCAAGUGAUAGUUUUAUUACUCUAUCACUAAAUCGAAGCUCUCAUCAAAUAUCUAAGCCAAUAAAAGAUAAAAGCUUUUUGUUGGACUUACAGAAGUGUUUUGUCUUUGAGACGGUACAAAAGAAUGAAAUUGGCUCCUUAAUCAUUUCAUACUAUCCUUUACUGUCAAAUUGGAUAUUGAACAACUUUGAUUGCUCCAAACGAGGAAAAGGAAUUACAACUGAAGAUAGAACGCGACUAUAUCAAAAUAUUAUUAUAUGUCGAAGGCAAUUAAUUGAUCUGAGUGUAGUUCGAAAACCCCAAGAAUCGGGAGGAUUUCUAAGAAACACUUUAAGACGUCUGUCAAAGCAUCGAAUGGAUAAAUUAAGAACAGAACAAAGGAGUAGUCCUCAAGACCAUGGGGAAACAUACAAAGGAUUUUCUCAUUCGUUUUGGGCGUUUAGUAAACAACAAAUAGCAUCAUGCCUCGGUUCACUCUCUGAUCAAGAUGAAGCCAUAAUGAUUCAAAUAUUUGACUCGAUUCUUCAAUUUUCUGGCCUUGGAACAUCUGGUGAAGCAGUUAACAGAGCUGAAGAUGAACAUAUUCGAAUUGUUCAAUCUAUAUUGGAUAAAUGUAUGAGAAAGGACUCUCUGCUUAAUGAACUAUAUCUGCAACUCAUAAAGCAAACAACAGAUCAUCCAGAUGCUAACUCGAGAGUAAAUCUGAGACAUUGGGCUUUGUUAUCUGUUGCCUGUAGUGUUAUUCUGCCAUCCACAAAAUCAAUCCGAAAAUAUUUAAUUGCGCACUUAAAACGAUGCUCUAGUGAUUUCAUAUCGGAAGAAGGAAAAUAUGCUAGAUUUGCUGAGAAGUGCUUUUUUAGAACUCAAGGCACAAGACGACGACAAUGGACUCCGAGCUGUGAAGAGAUUUUAUGUACGACCAAUCGCAGACCAUGUUAUUCAAGGAUCUACUUCAUGGAUGGCCAAUAUUACUCAUUUGAGUUUCAGCCUAGCUCAACUGCUAAUGAUGUCAUAGAAAUAAUAAAAAAAACAAUUGGUCUCCAAGAGAAGUCCCAAGGAUACGCAAUAUAUGAAGUAUUAGGAAAUACCGAAAGAAGUCUUUCAUCGGAAGAAAAAGUUUGUGAUGUUAUGGCAAAAUGGGAGAGGUAUCGCACUGUCUCCAAAAGGGAAUACCAAAACCAGAUACAACACGCAAUGCAGCAUCAAAAUCAUGUUUUCUUAUUUAAAAAACAUUUAUUCUGCGAUAGUUUCAUCAACUUGGACGAUGCAAUCGAGAAGGAGUUACUUUAUCAUCAAAUUUUACAUAGCUUAAGAAGCGAACGCUAUCCCAUCUCAGAAAUGGAAGCAAUUAUGCUUACUGCUCUUCAAGGACAAUUGGAGCUCGGCGAUUAUUCUGGAAAUAUUAAUGAUUAUGAAGCAGUAGCCAGCCACUGCUUGCCACCUCGAUUUGUUCCCAAUAUUCCUCAAGGAGCAGUUGCUAUGCACCAUCAGAGCUUAAAAGGAAUGUCAACAGUUGAAGCAAAAAAAUCAUUUUUAAACUUAAUACAAAGCUGGCCUCUUCAUCGUGCAACAAUAUUUGAUGUUAUGCAAACAUUUACAUCUAAUUGGCCAAGGAUGUUAUGGCUAGCAGUCGAUCAAAUUGGUAUACAUUUAUUGGAGCAUCGCUCUAGGAAUAUUUUAUGUUCCCAUGAGUAUGAAUCACUGAUAUCAUUUUCUCCGAACAUGAACUCGCUUAUGAUAUUUACUGGCACGGAUAAAAAACAAUCUAAAGUGAUAUUGAGUACAUCGCAGGCAUUUCAAAUAGCUACACUUAUUAAGGAAUAUUCAGAAAUUGUGAAGGAAAAAGUUACGUCAAAAUAAAAAACAGUUUCCGAGGGAUUGCAUCUUCAAAAAUAUGGAGCUAAAAUUGAUUCUUUUUUGCGAUUCAUUAACAUAAUAAAAAAAUAACUAUCUAUAUUAAUAAUUUCUUUAUGUUCUCAUAUGGUUGACGUUAUUACCAAUAAAGAAUAUAUGCUUACAUACUUUUA